AAGUAGUAUCUUCGUAUUUACUGCAAAAUUCUGAGCAAAGAUAUAUGACAAAGUGCUUUGAACUUUUCCAUCUAGGAACUUCGGAAUCUUCAGCUCCGUUGUGUUCUGGGUCUUUCGGUUUCAAGUUUCGUCUUAAUAACUACGUGAGCAAGUAGUCUUCGAGGACGGACGAAGAAGGACGAAGAAGAAGCAGAAGAGGAUGAGGAGGAGGAGGAGGAAGAAAUGAGGAGGAGGAGGAGAUCUGUGGGAUAAAAAUAGCACGGUACCGUCGCAAAAUAAAAACUAAUGAUGCGAUCCUGCGGAAUGACGUUCCCGAGAGCCGGACUCGCCGAGCAAGGAGGGGAGCAGAAGGUGGAGAAGCACAAGGAGUACAGGCGGAGGAAAAGGUCGUUGCCUAAAAGGAAUAUCAGGAUUCGCCGCUGGAAGAGGAAAAGGAGCGGAGAAGAAGUUCUCCUGUAUUCUCUAGCCCAGCUAAAUAAUAUCGUUGUCGAUUAUAAUCGCUGGCGCUAGCUGAAAAUAGUGUAUAUCCCGUAUUCGACUGUCGGUUAUACGCACAUUAAUCGUGUGUUACGCGUCAUCCAAAAAUCCCCGAAGACAUAUACGCCCGGCGAAUAUUCUCGGGAUCCUGUUCCCGCUGUGUAGGUAAAGCGUUAAUCUGGUCUCCGCUGGAAGUCUCGGUGGGCACCGUCGCGACGAUGGUGGGAGCCAACAGCAAGCGGUGGUUGUGCGUGCGAAGAAUCUCCCACCCUCUCUGCGAUCACGCGCUGGAUCGCGCUACUCGACCUGUCUCCACCUCGUAGUCUCUCCGCGGUAUAAGGAGAACACUUCUGUGUAGUAGCUCGGUUAAGGUGGCUUUGCCAGGUAACCAACCAGUCGGUUCGCCAGCCAGUCAAUUAAGCAUCAGUCAGCCAUUGGCCAGUCAAUCAUCCAGCGAACCAAUUAGCCGGUCAAUUAAUCAGUCAAUCAGUCACCCAGCCGAUCAACCAGCCAGCUAGUCGCCAUUGAGCCAGUCAGCUAACCAGUCGGCCAGUCAUUUAAUCAGUUAGCUAGGAACUAGCCAGACAGACAGCCAGGUAGCUAGUCCAGCAACCAGCUAACUAGUCAACCAGCCAGCUUGAAGAAAACAAUUGUACGUGUACACCGUGUACGUGCCCAUCGAGGUGCACACCGGUCUUAUAAUGGCGCGGCGCAGUGACCGUUUUGGUACGAUAAAAGUCGGGGGCAGCCUUCGGGUGUUCCUGCGCCGAUUCGAGGAGAGCUGAGGGAAAAAGAAGAGGGAGAGGAACGGGUUCUCCGGUGCCCGUGUGCAGUCUAGUCGAAGACACAGGAUGAUAGCAAACGUCCGAUGAGCAUCCUGCUUCCCGUUGCCCUCCUGCCAGAGCAAGAACAGUCUUCCGACGGGGGUGAUUUAGCCCACCGCCUACCGCAGCCUUCUUCACCGCUACUACGGUGAGAAGAAGAGAUGCCAAGAGGAGAAGAAAUGUCUUCCAGUCGAGAAUCGUGCGGAACCGCCGUCGCACGGCCUCGCAGCACCGCAGCAGAAGACAUGUCGACCACGAAGAGGAAAACGAAGACGAAAACGGUUCCGCCGGACGGCGGAUGGGGCUGGGUGGUUCUCUUCGCCGCUCUUGUGGUCAACUUUCUGAUCCCGGGCACGGUCAAGUCGUUCGGCGUGCUCUUCGUCGAGUUCCUGCACGUUUUCAAGGCGUCCUCCACAGCGGCCUCCUGGAUGCCGGCGUUAUGCUACUUUCUGUACAGCUCGUUAGGUCCCUUAUCUAGUAUUCUGUCAACCAAGUAUUCCUACAGAACGGUGACCCUCAUCGGCGGCACCUUCGCAGCUAGCGGGAUGAUGUUAAGCUAUUUCGCCAAUUCAGUUACCUACCUUUACGUCAGUUACGGGCUCAUGGUCGGGAUCGGCGCUGGAUUAUCAUUUCCACCGACGGUCUACAUCGUUACGUCGUACUUCGAGAAGCUACGGGGUGUUGCGAACGGCUUAUGCAUAUCCGGCAGUGCGAUCGGUACCAUAGUGCUACCGCCGCUACUGCAAUAUCUUUUAGAUUGCUUCGGAUACAGAGGAGCGGUACUGAUCAUGGGCGCGAUUACGUUGAACACGCUGGUCUGCGGUCUUUUGUACCACCCGGUCGAGCAGCACAUGAAAACCGUAGUCUUAGACGAGGGAAUCGACAAUGAGGCAUUGACUCUCGAUGAACCCGUCGACAGGAAGCAAGAGCCGGACAAGAGGAUGGGGAUCAGUGCUAAGUUCGAUUCGAGUCUUCAAAAUGCGCACGACGAUGACAAACGAGUGUACAAACUCUCGGAUCUCCAACACAAUGUGGUGUUGCAAUCGGUGAACGAGAAAGCGUAUUACCAACCUGAAGAGAAUUCAGCUUACGAAGAGAUUGACCGGAGGGCUACGGAUCCAAAAGUACAGUCUGACCUCGUCGCAAAGGAGCCAAUCUCUCGAACACAGGACGACGUCCUGCAAAAAGACAUUCCGGACGCGAACGAUACUCACGCGACGAUCUGUUUAAGUCUCGUUUCGAAGGACAAUGGACACGGCGGAGACAGCGGUGGGGACAGCGAAAACGUCUCAGACAGGGGCGCGCUGAAUUUGUCGCGUCGGAGCAACGCUUCUCCCGAGGACAGCAAGACACGAUUCGAUUCUUCGAAGAGCAUAGAAAACCACAAAGAAGAGAGUAACGGAAGGUACGUGGAGGAGCCUAAGCGGAGCGACGUGCACUCCAAGUCGUCGAAAGCACCGGACAAGUCCGAGAAGACGCGUUUCUUCGACUUGAGCGUGUUGAGGGACCCCAUCUACUUGGUGAUCCUCAUCUCCAACUCCACGUCCGCUAUCAGCAACACAAACUUCAUGAUUUUGUUGCCUUCUUACGCGAUCGCCGAGGGCUUCGACAAGAAUUCAUCCGCUUUGCUCUUGUCCAUAGUCUCUGCGCUGGAUUUAGUCGGCCGCAUCGGCGGAGCGUCUUUAUCCGACAUCGACUUCAUACCGAAGUAUUAUUACUUCGUGGGUGGACUCGGCACCAGCGGUAUCGCUCUGGCGUUACUACCUAUGGCGACCAGUUACACCAUGCUGUCGUUCUUCUGCGGCCUUUUCGGUCUCUCCUCGGGUAUGUACAUCGGCAUCACCACGGUCAUCUUGGCAGACAUGCUGGGCACUGAGAAGCUCAGCUCGUCCUAUGGCAUCUCGUUGUUUGUCAACGGUGUGCUGCAACUGGUUGGACCGCCUGUCUGCGGGAUCAUCUUCGAGAACGUACUCUCCUACAAGCCGAUCUUCUUAGCCUUUGGAAUCAUCUUAAUUCUGGGCACUGCGCUUUGGGCAGCGGUACCGAUUAUCAAGAGGAACAAUAAAAAGGAUCUAGAAGCGAUAUGAAAAAUUAUAUUUGCCAUCUGACGAGUGUCCCGACGAACUGACGAAGUGAGUGCUCUGUGCUUCUGAAAUACUUUAUUGUAUUACAAGUUUUACAAGGACUUAUUUUAGAUUGUUGGAUUUAAACGGGACCGCGUCGAUGAAGGCGAAUGAGUAUAGUAAUGAGUGUGUAACGAAGACUCGUUAGAAAUUAAACUAUAGUUAUUGGGGAUAGGAUGAACAAUUUUGAAUUUUGUCAGAGAUCCAUCGACGAUCUAUAUGUUGCUUAAAAUAAAAGAGACUUUCAAAUAUC